AUGGGACUUUCAGAAAAUCUCCAAAGGCUCACCGGAGCGUGGUCUACUGAUGUCUUACCCACUGCUACUACAUUAACCCACAUUAAUCCAACGAAUGUAGCUGGAGUUGUGGAAACACUUUUAUCAGCAUCUUCUGCAUAUCCAACUAUCACAAAGCCUUUGGAUCUAUAUCUGUUGGCACGUGCUGUUAAAGGUGCAAAAGCUUCGCUUUCAGUGAUCUCAGCUCAAAACUAUAUAGCGACUGCAACCGCAACACAAAACUUCCCUGAGAUGACGCAGGUCAUUUGGAACUCAACUAUGGAAUUGCAGGAUUUGGAAAUGGGAUUCAAUUUGUACCAGAUGAAACUUUCGCGGUGGGCCAACCUCACUUUUGCAAUCGUCUUUGCAUUAUUAGUGGUGUCACACCUAGGUAUCUCACUUGUCAAACGUACACCAUACUUUGGAGUUUGUCUCGUGGCGGGAUCUCUUCUCGAAGCGGCGGGAUAUAUAGCUCGACUCAUGUCGAUUGGGAAUUAUUCUGACAAAGAUCGCUAUAUCUGUCAGAUCAUCUGUCUCACCCUUGCGCCAGCGUUCGUAAUGGCCGGUGUGUACUACCUUUUAGCACAACUAAUGGUUAUACAUGGGCGGAAAUAUACCAUUUUGCGACCCUUAUGGUACUCUUACAUUUUCAUUGUGUGUGAUAUUUGUUCUUUGUUCAUUCAGGCUGCUGGAGGUGGCCUAGCGGCCAUCCGCUUGCAGGUCCUUGAAAGCACUAAAGCAGGAACAAUUAUCAUGACAGUGGGAGUGGCUUUUCAGGUGUUUUCCAUGACUCUCUUCCUUUUCUUCCUUAUAAAUUUCCUAUGGAGGAUUUAUUUUACAGCCUCUUCGAAUGUGAAAUUUCUGGUUGCAAAACUAGGGGCUCUAUUUUUCCAAACAAGACGGGGAAAAGACCUACAACAGCAGGAGUUAAACCAAAUGUAUGACCAAAGAUUCCGCGAGACUAUUGAUCGUCCUUUGUUUGGUUACUAUCCCCUUGCGAUCGUAGGUGCCUGUUUCUUCAUCUACGUCAGAUGCAUCUACAGACUAAUCGAGUUGAGUGAGGGUUGGUCUGGCUACCUUAUCACACAUGAAGAAUAUGUAAUGACUUUGGAUGGCCUCCAGGUCCUCAUCACAUGUGUUAUUCUCCUUGCAUUUCAUCCAGGUCUCAUUCUUGGAAAGACUUUUAGUGGAUCGAUCCGUGACUCCGGUUUUUCCGAAACUGACACGGAAAGACAAAACUAUCCAUAUAGCACGAAUGAGGAAAAGUUGAGAGAUCUUUCCCUGGACUGGAGCGUCGAUGAGAGUCUGUUGAAAGAAUCUGUUGCUGGCCAACAGUAUUCGAGCCAUGGACAGGACGAUGGAAACACAUUUAAUGUUAUUCCAUAUUAUACUACUCCAAAACAGAGUCCAUUUUCCGACUCUUCUGAGUGGAAGGAACCAAUGAGCGGUAGUUCAAACUCGCUUGAACUGCCAUUCGCCAGUCCCUACGAUACCAUCGCACAAAUUAAAGUCACACCUAACACAGCUAAGGAAGUCUUAAAUCCAGUCGUUGAAGACGAGAUCAUGACUGUUCCAUACCUGAUUUGUCCUGAAAACCCUUCUGUGACGACUCCCACACCCAAAAAGAAGAGUCGGCGCUUCAGCAAAUCAACGAGAAAGUCAGAUAGUAUCUCGGUAAAUUCAGCCACAGUAAAUCCCUAUGAAAGAGAGGGAGUGGACGUGAUCAAGACGUCUGGACCAUAUGAGCUCUACGAGCGUCCCGAGCUAGCCAACGAAAUGCAUAUCGAUCACAGUGAUGUGGAAUCUCGUGUGACGCAUGAUGAAUUCUUCUUCACGUUUGUUACAAAAAGCCAGAAUACGAACAAGUAG